UGAAUUUUAUAUGAAUGUGAUAUAUUUGAUUUUAUUUAGAAGACAGAAGUUUCAAUCUAUUAUUUGAACAGAAAAGUAAAAGUUGUCGCCCAACGUAAACCAGUCUAUGUUUUUGGCGGUAUUAUUUAGAGUCUCAAAGGCUCUCUUUGUCUUUGCUCCAUUUUUGUCCAUGUUUUCUGCAUCAAAAGAGCCAAUCUGACCUGGAAAAUAAUGGGAUUUUUAAGUACUUUAUUGGGAAUUUUUGGUUUUGGGAUUGGAACUUCUAUUGGACUCUUGAUUGGAUUCUUUCUCUUCAUAUACUCUAAACCCAAAACUGUAAAGGAACCAGUUCCUAGGCCGCUUUAUGAGCUAGAUAACGAUCAAUUGCUGGAUAUUCUUCCUGAUAUUCCGUUAUGGGUUAAAUGUCCCGAUUAUGAGAGAGUAGAUUGGCUGAACAAGUUUGUUGCUGAUAUGUGGCCGUACCUCGAUAAGGCAAUUUGUGCUCAAAUAAGAAGCGCUACCGAACCGAUGUUUGCCGAGUAUGUGGGGAAGUAUCAAAUAGAAGCCAUUGAGUUUGAUAAUCUAAGUCUCGGAACUAUUCCUCCGGAAAUUCAUGGUCUUAAAGUGUGUGAAACAAAUGAGAAAGAACUAGUCCUCGAACCGGCAGUUCGCUGGGCUGGCAAUCCGAACAUUGUUUUGACGCUGAAGUUGUUGUCUUUCCGAAUCACCAUUCAGUUAGUAGAUUUACAAAUAUUUAUGGCACCACGGAUAACUUUGAAACCUCUUGUACCUACCUUUCCAUGUUUUGCAACCGUUGCAGUAUCACUCCUUUGGAAGCCUGAUGUAGACUUCGGAAUGAGUAUACUUGGAGGUGAUAUUAUGGCUAUACCCGGACUUUAUCAGUUUGUCCAGAAAACAAUUAAAAGGCAACUUGCAAGCCUCUACAUCUGGCCACAAGCACUAGAGAUACCCAUUCUUGAUUCUGCAACGGUGGCUGUAAAGAAGCCUGUUGGAAUACUACAUGUAAAGGUUGUGCGGGCACAAAAGCUCUUAAAGAAGGACAUCCUCGGAACGUCGGACCCUUAUGUCAAGUUAAAUCUAUCUGGAGAGAGGCUGCCAUCGAAGAAAACAACCAUCAAGAAGAGGAAUUUGAAUCCAGAAUGGAACGAAAAGUUCAAGCUUAUCGUAAAGGACCCCGGAUCUCAAGUUCUUCAGUUACAAGUCUUCGACUGGGACAAGGUUGGUAAUCAUGACCGACUUGGAAUGCAGUUUGUCCCACUGAAAUUUCUUACACCCUACGAGACAAAGGAAUUUAAACUCGAUUUGCUGAAGCAUACAGAUAGUUAUGAUCCUCAGGAUAAGAAGCAAAGAGGGAAAAUUGUGGUUGAACUUAUGUAUGCCCCUUUUAGAGCUGACAGUGGUAAGUUAGAGGGGACACAAGACGGAUACAGCAGAAAGGAAAGCGGGUUUGACCGGACAUCCGACAGUGAAGUCUUUGGUGGAGCAGGUCUCCUUUCAGUUCUGAUUCAAGGAGCCGAGGAUGUUGAGGGUGAACGCCACAAUAACCCUUAUGCCGUAGUUUUUUUCAGAGGAGAAACAAAAAGGACAAAGAUGAUCAAGAGAGCCCGAGAUCCCCUCUGGAACGAAGAGUUUCACUACAUGCUCGAGGAACCUCCAUUAAAUGAGAAGAUCCAUAUCGAAGUCAUGAGCAAGCGAACAGGCUUUAGCUUCCGAUCAAAGGAACAUCUGGGAAAUGUCGAUAUCAAUCUUACUGACGUUGUCCAGAACGGACGAAUCAACCAGAAAUACCACUUGAUCGAUUCGAAGAAUGGAGUAAUACAUGUUGCGAUAAAAUGGGUGACAGCUUGAGAAACAGGAAGAGAAUUUAAACCGAUGUCAAUUGGUUUUGCAAUAACAUACAAAGAUUGAUACAAGAGAAAUAUAUGGAGACAAAGAUUACUGCAAAAAAUCCAUGUAUAGAAUCCCAGUUAAAUUCAGUGCCAAUAUAAUUUUUGACUGUAAAUUUUCAGUGCCUUAAUAUAGGUAUGUUUAUUUAGUUAUUUUAUUUGGAGUAUACCUCUUAUGUUGUUAUUGCUAUUGAAAAAAGCCAAUGAAGCUGAGGAACCUACCAACUCAAUUCAUAAA